GAAGGAGUUGGAGAGGGUCCAGGAUGAUAAGAUGGAACUCUAUAGGAAGGCUAAGGAUGAUAAGAUGGCUGCUACAGAGUUCAAGUGCCGACAAGAUGCAGAUGCUGCGAGGGUUCUACACGAACUUAGGGAAUAUGUUAGACGAUCUCAUAAUAAGGCUGCGGAAGCACGUAUGAAGUUAGUAGAGGAACGACAGGCUCGGAGACGUGCGGAGAUGGAAGAGAAAUAUAAGAAGGAGGAAGCUUUGAUGAAGGCAACGGUGGAGGAUAUUGAGAUGAUGGAAAGGGAGGAGAGGCGUCUUAUGGAGGAAUUACAAUAUAAGCAGAAGAGGCAACUAGAGGUAUACCAACAUCUGGAACAUAUACUACAAGCUACUCCACGCUCAUCAUCCAUUCUAUCGGGUUAUCAUCAACAUCAGGAGGAGGGGAUGAUAGAUGGACAAGUGAUGGUGACCCAUCACUAUGGGGAUACUAUUAACGAGCGGGCUAGUGUGUCCAAUACUGGGAUCAUACACAAUGAUGUAGAGGUAUUGUCUGAUGAGGAGACAAUAACAACAACACCAGCACCAGUAGUGUCGUAUACAACAACGACAACAACAGCUGAUCAUCAACAUCAACAACACUCUGAGGAGACGACUACGGCACCAGCAGCAGAAGCACCAGUAGUGUCGUAUACAACAACAACAGCUGAUCAUCAUCAUCAACAUCAACACUCUGAGAAGACGACUACGGCACCAGCAGCAGCAGGACCAGUAGUGUCGUAUACAACAGUAGACGGAGUGGUAGUGUCACUAAGUGAUAUUCUGGAUGGUCUCCAUGAUGUAUGAUGAUGAUGAU